AUGAAAGAAAAAAAAUCAGAAUUUGAUCCAGUUGUACGUUUAGAAACAAUAGAUUUAUUAAAAAAUCCAAAAAAUUUAAAAUCGACAUUUUAUUUAAAAGGAAACAAAAUUUUAUUAAAAAAAUUUAAUAUUAAAUUCAAUUCUAGAUUAAUAUUAAUAAUAAUUUUUUUUAUUUUUAUCACAUCGACAUUUUUAUGCCAUUUUGGUGCAAAAAUUUUAUCAACAUUUGAUACAGAAUCCUACGGUACUGUAUCAUUAAAAUGGUGGAAUUAUAAAUUAAAUAUUCCAUAUCAAUUUUUUAAUAAUUUUUUUCAUCUUUCGAAAGGUCCAAAUUUAGUUUUAGUCCCAUGGACAAAAUCUGGUGACUGUUGGGCUUUUCAAGGAUCCAAAGGUAGAAUCGCCAUAGAACUUUCUGAAAAAAUAAAAAUUUUAGCCGUUACGAUCGAUCAUAUAAGAUUAUCGGAAAAUGAAUUACAAUCCGCACCUAAAAAAUUUUCCGUUUUUGGCGUUCUGGAUAAAUCAAUUGAUUUAAAUUCUGAUAAAAUUCAUUUGGGUACUUUUCAAUAUGACGUAACAGGAUCGACGAUGCAAACCUUUUUAAUAAGUUCGAAAUUAAAAAUUCGUUUUAAAAUAAUUCAGGUUCAAUUCGAAUCAAAUCACGGUAAUAAGUAUUAUACCUGCAUAUAUAAAAUAAGAGUACACGGACAUAGUUAA